AUGUUGGUCAAGAAUCUUUUCCCAGGUGUGGCUGUGGUCACAGGCGCGGGUGGAACAGGUAUUGGAGCAGCUGUCGCUCGGGCAUUUGCUGCCGCGGGAUGUGAAAGAAUUGCCAUCACAGACGUAAACUCGCACACUCUAGAGCAGACAGAGAAAGCAAUCUCCGCAGCGCAUUCUAAUAUAAAGCUUUUUGCACACCCUGGAAAUAUAGCAGACGACAAUUUCGCCGAUUCAUUCAUCUCCAAGGUUGCGAGAGCUUUCGGGCGCGUUGAUUAUGCCGUAAAUUGCGCCGGUGUCUUGGGGGUGCCCAUGCGAUCUGGAGAAACAACCCUCGAGGAGUUCGACCGCGUCAACAACAUAAAUUACCGGGGAUGCUGGCUGUCAUCACGAGCACAGCUCAGGCAGAUGCUAGAACAGGAUCCGCUCCCUAGCCACGACCCCAAUCGCCCUGCCCAGCGUGGAGCUGUGGUUAAUAUUGCAAGUCAACUGGGCAUUGUCAGUCGCCCUAAUGCGCCUGCAUAUUGUGCGUCAAAAUCUGCAAUCAUUGGAAUGACCCGCGCGGAUGCUAUCGAUUAUUCAAAAGACGGAAUUCGUGUGAACUGCGUUUGCCCUGGAGUAAUUGAAACUCCCCUUAUCAUGGAGAAAACCGAAGUUCGAGAAGCCAUCACCCCCGCGGCACAAAUCGCUCCUAUGCAGCGGAUGGGAAAGCCAGCUGAAGUAGCAGAUGCGGCUCUUUUCCUUUGCUCAACUCAGGCCUCCUUUGUGCAAGGACAUGCUAUGGUAGUCGAUGGAGGAUAUAUCACAGUGUAA